AUGGAGGGCUAUCACUAUUCCCCCGGCAUCCAUCGGCCGGGCCAUCUCAGCAAAUUGUACUCCGACGCGAAGAAGAGUGCACUCACGAGCUUGCAAGUGCAGACGGCCUCCAAUGCCCAGUACACGUCACUGCAUCGAAAGUAUCGCAUCCAGAAGGACAGGCUGAUUGCGUGGGGCCUGGAAUGGAGCGAUGGCGAGAAAGGGUCGGAUGCGAAUAUUGACGACGCCGUCACCAAAGCUGGGCUCUCAGAAACGGUCGAGAGUGUGCUACGCAACAUCCAGGAGGUGACCGAGGAAGCCGAACGGAUCAAGUCAGCAAGCUUACCUCUGAUCAAAGAGGGCGAGGCCUUUCCUCAAAGGCCUGCAGUAUUUGAUGAAGCGCGAUAUGAAGACCUGCUGCGUGACCUGACCACCUCAAUAGACACCCUCUACGAUCUUACGCAAUCCCGCCGAGCACUUGCUCGUGGCGAACAUCCCACAUUCGAGGACCCUAUCGACAUCCCGAUGGAACAGCCACUGAAGCCAAGCUCCAGCAUCUCGAAGAAGCCCUGGAAGCGUCUCUAUGACAAUGCCAGCUUUGCAUCCUCGGGAACCACACUGCUCAACCCCACCUUCUCAAGACCUUUCCUGUCACCGUACGCAGGCUUGCCAUCGAGGAUAGAGUUGUCUGCCCUUCGCCUGCCUAUCGAAACGCCACCGCCAUACGAAGCUGUAGGGGUGCCGUCGACCACUCGCAUGGUAGCACUACUGGUACGGAAUAGAGUCUCAGGGAGUGUCCAGGCUGCCAUUGCAAGCUCUGCGCCUGAGGUGCCAGUGUUAGUGGAGUAUGCAAACUACGAUGCCACUUACAGAGCGACUGGAGUGCCGCCACCGCUUCAGCGACUUGAGGCUCUAGCUACUUUCUUCCAGCCCAUGCGUGCCGACUCACAGACCAACUUGAGUUUGUUGGGCUAUUUUGAAGACUCGGACCAGCCACGCAUUGGACUCGUCUACGACUUACCCUACACCAUACAAAACAAGCUGCAGACUGGAAUGUCUACUGAACCACUGGCGCCGCUCAGUCUGCUUAAGCUCGUGCAGAAGGCCAAUAAGCAACAGAGCUCAUCAACCGAAGUUCCUGCACCAGCGCUCGAACAUCGUUUCCGCAUGGCAUUGCGGCUGACGGAGCAGCUUCACUCUCUCCAUGCCAGCCAGUUAGCUCAUGGCAACAUCAACAGUAGCAGUGUCAUCUUCACCACCACCGAAACUGAGACUGAGGCGAAUCGCUUGGAGCAGCUUCGGAAACCACUUUGGGCCUCCUUUGAUCUCUUCUCCAAGUCUAACAUUGAAGGCGUCAAUCGAGCAUCAGACUUCAACAUCUACCGACAUCCGCUUGACGAGCCCAAUGGUGUGGAUAGGGAGUUUCCAGUGGAUCUCAAAUUCGAUCUUUACGGACUUGGUUUGAUUCUUCUCGAGAUUGGUCUCUGGACACCUAUUGGUGAUCUUUACAAGGCGAAAUACACUCUUGCUGAUUUCAAGCUCCGCCUUGAAAAGAUUUGGAUCCCCAAGCUUGCCGCCAAGUGCGGCUCAGCAUACAUGCGUGCUGUCGAGACAUGUCUUCGACUCUCGGACGACAUGGAUAACUCGCGACUAACUGCCGAAGGAGUAUACGGCCUUCUACUGCAAUUUCUAAAGCGAUGCUGCUUGCUUGACGAUGUCGGUUCGCCCACUGAGCUAAUUCCGGCAUCCGAGCUAGUUUCACAGCCAUCCUCACCUGCGGAGAGUUACAGGUCGCCAAGAAGGAGGCAUGCGAUACGCCGGCCCUCCGAAGCUAGUUCCUUAGCCAGACAGCUUUCGGAGACUGUCGAGCCCAGACGAUCCAUGUCGGGGAAAUCGGCUGCUCGAUCUCACCGUCACUCUUCGUACCCGGCGCUCACGCCACUAGCUGGCACGACCCUCACUGAUCCAGAGCAGUCUAGACAAGGCUCAAGAGCGGGUCACAUCUCGACAAGACCUGGAUUGGCUGAGGUGAAAGAACAAAUUAUGGAGGGGUGGCAUUCCAGAUCCGAGCCAUCAAUCAGAGAUUUCAAACGACGAGUCACCCUCAUUCAACAACGCUGGCGACAAUGUCAUGCAGUUAGGCAGCAAAGGCUUCAGGCCGCUGAAGCGACUCGCACAAGUAUGGACGAGGAAGCGGAGCAGCUUGCUAAUGGCAAGCGAGCGGAGUUUCCUGACGUGCCACUUCCACAAAACAUCCUUGACCAUUGGCAGAACACCAUGUGCUUUCAGAUGAACGCACUUGUUGCCAAGGCCCUGCGACAUUCGAAAGAAAGCUGUUCGAUAAGGCUAUGCCCUUACGGCGAGUCAAAGGCUACAGCAAGACCGACGCUCAUCGUUGGCUGCAAGUCUACCUCGAAAGUCAAGCAUGCCCUCAAACGACAUCUCAAAUAUGACCCCAGCAUGUAUGACAUUAGAGUGAAGAAAGAAGGCGAAAUUCGACGAUGCCGGAAAUCAAGACGCGAACGAGCUCUUGAAGCUGCAGAGAGAAGCAUGGCACCUUACCGCGAUCCGAACGUCGAGAAGGCCGUCAACCCAGAUUACCAGGAACGACCACUGUGCGGCGCGUCCAUAGGCGCUUUCAGGUAUGAAGAACACCUACCACCGGCUUCAUUUGGCGGAAUCGUAUUGAUAGAUGGGAAGCCGUAUGGUAUGAGCGUCCAUCACAUGCUGGAGCCAGAAGAUGUUUCCGAUGACGAAGAUGCCAACGACGAGGAUGAGGAAGAUGAUGAUGACGAUAGCUCGAGCCUUGGCAGCUCAGACGGCGAGUCAGGUAUAUGCCCAUGUCGUAGUGUAGUCACUCCCUCGUCUGUCGUCAGACGAUCCAUUGCUAACAUAAUCGCAGAGGAUGACGACCUCAGCACAGUCCGACCACCUUCAGCACACUCUUCUGACGACGAACCACUCCCUUCCUACGACACGGCCGGUGACUGUCCGGGCCUCUUCCCCGGUGACAUGGAAGAAAUCGCCAUUACUCAACCCGCCCUCGACGACGCCAUCGACUUAGACCUUCACGUAGAAGAGGAAGACGAAGAUGAAGAAGACUCCGGCAUAGACGAAGACCACCUCCUCUCCUAUCGACUCGGCCAAGUCCACGCCUCCUCCGGUCUCCGCCGAACCCUCAAAUCCCACGAAGGAGGCUUCAAAUCUAUCUCCCAGUCCCUACCCCAAGAAAUCGACUGGGCGCUCUUCGAACUCCUACCUCCACGUCUCCCAACUUACAACAUCAUAAAGGGCGGCACGCGCUUCUGUCGCAAAGGAGGUGAUCGUCACGGAAAUUCCUACCCCACAUCCAUCCGAGCAAGCCAAGACAUCGCUCACGCCAAAGUCCAUUGCCUCGGACGAACAUCAGGACUGGGGAGUGGUAUCGUGUCGAGUACAAUGGAACUCGUAAAAAUCCAUGGUCGCAGUACCUUCAGUGCGAGUUGGACGAUCACAGCAGCCAACUUUGGAGUGGGAGGUGACUCUGGUGCAUGGGUGAUCAGCAAUGAGGACGGAAGAGUUUGUGGACAUGUCCUCGCUAGUCGACAAGGUAGAACGUAUAUUUGUCCUAUGGAUCUGUUGUUAGAGGAUAUUAAGCAGACGCUCGGAGCGGAGGAGAUUUCUUUACCUGUGUUGAGUGGGGAGAAGGGGAAUAAGUCGAGGCCUGUGAGUGGCGAGAGGCCUGGGAGCAGUAGGGAGACCAGUCCGCAGUGUGGAAUGGUUAAGGCUAUGAAGGAUAUGAGGUUGGAAGGCGGCGGGUUAGGACUGUUGAGCCUGUUUGAAAUCAGCCCUGCUUUGGCUCGGAAUAGUGACGAUGAGGAGCAGACUUCAUUAGUAUGAUACAGUAUUGUACAAUGCUCUGUUCUCAAGCAUAUUCGCCUCGCAUCUCGUUGAGUGCAGCUUUUUGCCGUUGAGCGCUGAGUCGUUCAAAAUUGUCGACGACCAUCGUGAAAGUCCCUCGUCCAGCGGUCAGACUUCUCAAGUGCUUGAGAUAUCCUACCAUUUCUUUCAAUGGUACUCUGGCGACAAUCUGUCUCAUACCACUGCCUCCACUUAGACUUGCAUGGGCGAAUCCAGAACUGCUUCCGGCGAAAGGGUCUGGGGGUGUAUAUAUCUUCUUCACGUCCAUGUCCUGUUGCGAUGCAUCGGUUUCAUCCUCGGCGCCGAGAGAUAAAACGCUGCCUCCACGUGCUGAUGAGAUGUCGUGCACCACAGAUCCUAGCGAGUCUUCGUUGACGGAGAUUGUGACUAGCAUGACGGGCUCCAUCAUGACGCUUGGACUCGAUUCUGCGCUCUGCUUCAGAGCCGAGUGCACAGCCAGUCGGGCUGCGGAAGAGAGCGCUGCUGGUGUGGUGUUUGAGAAAAGAUGCUGCGAGGGGUCAAACGUGAUAUUGAUAUCUGUCGAGUGAAGAGGGUAGCCAUGGACGGGACCGCGAGCCAUAGCAGCCGAAACACCAUUCUGGAAUGAUUGGAGAAGUGUCUGCAUCGGU